ACCCAGAAACAAGCGAGCAAACCCUUUUCAAAUUUACUUCCCAUUUCAAUACAAAUCACAUUCAUCCUUUUCAAUUCCCAAUUCUCCUCUUUCAACCAUUAAUAAAGACUAAAAUCCAACCCCAUUCAUAAUCCUCUCGCUUAUGACAUUGACUUCCGAAAAAAAAGGAAUAAAUAGUAAACAGCUGUUCUUUUCUACCCUCUGAAUUUGCUUUAAAAACCCACCUCCUCUUCUUAAAUCCUUCACCGAGUCAUCAUCUUCUAUCUUAAUUCCUCUCUCCUCUGUUUAUUUCUUUGAAUUAGUGAUGAAUUCUUUGGUUGCCACAAGUAGAAACUUUCGCAAGGCCGCAAGGAUCCUUGGGCUUGAUGCUAAGCUUGAGAAGAGCCUUUUGAUCCCUUUUAGGGAGAUUAAGGUGGAGUGUACUAUUCCAAAAGAUGAUGGGAGUUUGGCUUCCUUUGUCGGGUUUCGGGUUCAGCAUGAUAAUGCCCGUGGACCCAUGAAGGGUGGGAUCCGAUAUCAUCCUGAGGUUGACCCUGAUGAAGUAAACGCUCUUGCUCAACUGAUGACUUGGAAAACAGCGGUAGCAGACAUACCAUAUGGUGGGGCUAAAGGAGGGAUUGGAUGUGCUCCUGGUGAAUUAAGUAACAGUGAGUUGGAACGCCUUACUCGUAUUUUUACACAGAAAAUUCAUGACCUUAUCGGUAUCCAUACUGAUGUUCCUGCUCCUGAUAUGGGAACUAAUGCACAGACUAUGGCAUGGAUUUUAGAUGAGUAUUCUAAAUUCCAUGGCUACUCACCAGCUGUCGUUACAGGAAAGCCAAUAGAUCUUGGUGGUUCAUUGGGUAGAGAUGCUGCUACUGGACGAGGUGUUGUAUUUGCGACCGAGGCUCUAUUGGCAGAGUAUGGAAAGUCUAUUUCAGGAUUAACAUUUGUGAUUCAGGGCUUUGGAAAUGUGGGUUCAUGGGCUGCACAACUCAUUCACGAGAGAGGAGGUAAAGUUAUCGCAAUUGGAGAUGUGUCAGGUGCGAUAAAGAAUUCAAAUGGCAUAGAUAUUCCUGCGUUAGUUAAGCAUAAAUCUGGGGGCGGUGUGUUGAAGGAUUUCCGAGGUUCAGAUGCCUUCGACCCAAAAGAACUGCUCGUGCAUGAAUGUGAUGUUCUCUUGCCUUGUGCAUUGGGUGGAGUCCUUCACAGGGAAAAUGCUGCUGAUGUGAAGGCAAAAUAUAUAAUAGAAGCCGCCAAUCAUCCAACUGAUCCUGAAGCAGAUGAGAUACUAUCUAAAAAAGGAGUGGUUAUAUUACCCGACAUAUAUGCCAAUGCCGGUGGUGUGAUUGUUAGUUACUUUGAAUGGGUUCAGAAUAUCCAAGGGUUCAUGUGGGAUGAAGAGAAGGUCAACGCCGAGCUUCAAAAGUAUAUGAGGAGUGCUUUCAAGAAUAUUAAGGGAAUGUGUCAGUCUCAUGACUGCAGUCUCAGGAUGGGGGCUUUUACGUUGGGGGUGAAUCGAGUUGCUCGUGCCACUAUGUUGAGAGGUUGGGAAGGGUAACAAAAAUAACAAAUAUUCGUUUGCUCCCCCAUUCAAAUUCCUUAAGACGAUAGGAAAUAGAAGAAUUUUCUUUGUUAUACCAUUUGUUUCUUUUUAUCCCCAGAACUUAUCAAAAUAAACAGUCAGAAAGUAGAUCUGUAGAUGGCGUUUAUGUUUGUUCUUUGUAUUGAAAUUGCAUUGUGAUAUCAGUGGAAAUUGAAAUUGCCUUUGGGGCUUGUCACAAAACCCCCAAACA